AUGGGGUUUCUAGGUCUGGGCGAGCCAUCCUGGGGAACCCUCAUCAUUUUCCUCGGAGCAUGGAUUAACCGCGACUUUACCACACCAGCAGCACGACCAAGUCAAGAGUCUUACGUCGCACUCGUGGAAGAUGUCGGCGCUGAAAUGGGACUUGAGGCUGACUCGGGUACUGGAGACGUAUCUAUUGCAUCUUUACCCAAGGCCGCUCGACCGGGCUACUGGCGUGGCAGAGAGUUGACCUUCCUCGGGCUGAAGACGACAAUUCAGACACCAGAUACGGCGGUCUUCCGCGACAGGAUAUUCAGCAAAGUACUCUUGCGCUUUCCAUUUUUGAUCGAGAUCGUGUACUGGGCUCUCAUCUACGGCGUUUACCAGUUUGGCCGGGGCCAGCUGGCUAUUAGACUGGUCGACCAGACCGUCGACAUAGCUUGCUAUCAUGCCUUGUCCGUGAUUAAAUUGGAGCAGCGGCUUCACAUCUUUUGGGAGCUGGCCAUCCAGCAAUUUUUCCUCCAGUACCCCAGGGGAAUGUGGUGGAUCAACCGGAUCUACAGUUUUGUCCACCUCCCUGCGACGAUAGCUUUCUUGGUCGGCUUAUACUAUUUCGCCAUAACGCGGAAUCGAUCCAGUGUCAACCCGAACUGGUCUGAUCAGCCUCGAACUUCGAUCGGCCCUGAGCUGUACGAGAGCAGGCGUCGGGCCCUGGCUCUUUGCAACCUCUUUGCCUUUUGCGUCUUCAGUAGCUGGCCAUGCAUGCCUCCUCGUCUGUUGGGAGACUCGACAUUGCCAGGGGAGCCCGGUGCGCUCGCCCGAAGCUUUGGCUUCGUUGAUACGAUCCACGCGCGCGACGGAGCCGCCAGCGUUUUCAACACCAGGAAAUGGACCAAUCAGCUAGCCGCGAUGCCCUCACUUCAUUUCGGAUAUUCGCUGCUGAUUGGAGUCUCUAUCAUGCGACUUCCUCUCGCUCCGUCCACCAGACGUUACAGGGUAUGCGUCCCCGCCGUGCCAUUCCUCAAAUCCCGCUACACCAGCUUCAUCGUCCGAAUGCCGUCUCUUCCCAAGCUCAUCUGCGAGAUGGUCGGCUUCUUGUACCCGUUCUCGAUCUUGAUCGCCAUCGUGGCGACUGCGAAUCACUUCAUCUUGGACGCUGUGGCAGGAGGCAUGAUUUGCUUCAUUGCACUACGGUGCAACAACUUCAUGAAGAAUUUUCUACCCCUCGAGGACUUGGUCUUCUGGUGCCUCCGCGCUCACAAGCCGGUUCAAGAACCUCUCGUCCAGAGCGCCGCGUCUGGAUGA